GAGGGGCGCGCUAGGUCGUCUUUGGCUGCUUCACAGCUCUAUAUAAUUUCUCUUAAAAAACAUACACAAAUGUUUUCUGGGAAAAAGGAUAAACUGAUGAUUUUUAAAUUGUAAAUUUUGUGUAGCGAUGUGGAAAUUUGACUGGAAAAGGCUUCUAAGACAGGCUCUGCUACAUGACUGAACAGGAAGCGGCAUUUCUCCGAGUAUUCAGUUCCUGUAAUAUCAUAAAUACUCUUAAAGCUGCACGAUGAAUGAAUGUGAGGCAGGACACAACGAAAGCAAAAUGCUGACGAGCGGUGGAGAUCUGAAUAGUGACAAGAGCCCUGCUUUAAGCUCCUUCGAGCGCGUGAUGGCUGCUGUAGGGACGGAGGGCCGCUACCAGAAGCUCUUGUUGUAUUGCUUCAUGCUGCCACUCUCCUUCUACUCUCCAUUCGGCGCCUCCUCCCUCCUGCUUAUGCUCUCCACGCCCACCCACACCUGUCAUGUUCCGGGUCGUGGUGAGGACUUCACGGCUGAGGAGUGGCACAAUAUGACACUACCUUGGGAGUCUGGGGCAGACGGGACGCUACAGCACAGCAAGUGUUUCAUGUUCAACACCACCUACAGUGUAAAGGGCAACACCAUCAUCGACCAAACCACCACCACCAAGUGUCAGUUUGGGUGGGACUAUGACCGUACUAACUGGCAGGAGACGGCAGUCACACACUUUAACUGGGUGUGUGAGCGAGCUUCGACAGUCACCACCAUUUUCUCCUUGGCUGUGGCUGGCAACGCCGUCGGGACGCUGCUGCUUUCCAUCCUGGCUGACAGAGUGGGUCGUCGGCCAGUGUUCUUCCUGGCAGCCACCAUCAACUUCUUCGGCGUCGUCAACAUGUACAUGCCUACCUGGCAACUCUUCACUGCUGCCCGUUUCCUCACCUGCUUUGCCUUCUUCAGUAUCUACCAGAUGCCAUAUAUCAUUAUGGUGGAGCUGAGUUCCGAGAAGCUUCGUGGACUGACGGCGGCUCUGUCCUUCGUGUUAGGGACGCUGGGCAUGUGUUGCGUCGCGCUUUGCGCCUGGCUCCUCGCUAACUGGCGGACCUUCGGCAUCCUUUGCCACACCCCGUCCAUUCUCUUCUUGCUCUACUGGAGGUUCCUGCCUGAGUCGCCGAGGUGGCUGCUCGCCAUGAACCGUGUGGAGGAAUGUGAGGCCAUCAUGACCCAGGUGGCGUCCACUAAUGGCCGGAAGACUCCGCAAGACCUUCGCCGUCUACUGCAGGAGGCCCAGGCUGCUGAGAAGCCCGCCUCCGUCAGGGACCUCCUCAAACAUAAAAUGCUCAGGAAACACCUCCUCAUCGCUACUCUCAAUAUGGUGAUCUUCUGCGUGGUGUACUCUGGCAUUGUGCUCAACAUCCACAACAUGACGGGCAACGAGUUCGUCAACUUCUUCGUCUUAUCUCUGGUAGAGAUCCCUGGUAACCUGCUGGGCAUGGUGUCGGCACAGUACCUGGGUCGAAGACUAGCUAUCAUCUACAGCCUCUCCCUCAGCGCCAUCUUCAGUGGCCUUUCCUCUACUGCAAUCACUGAUCAGUGGUUGCUGGUGACUUUUUGCGGCUUGGUUAAGCUCUUUGUGACGGAGGCGGUGCUGGUAGUGUACAUGCAGAUCGGGGAGCUCUUCCCAACACCACUUCGUUCCAUAUCUUACGGUGUGACGGCGGUCACCGGCCUCUCAGCUACUGUUCUUGUCCCCACGCUCAUGGCCUUGGGCAAUACGGACAAGAAGCUGCCUUAUUAUAUCCUGAGUAGCCUGUGUGUAUGUGGAGCCAUAGUGAGCACCUUCCUGCCAGAGACUCUGGGCCUGCCUCUGCCUCAGACAGUGCACCAGGCUAACCGUGUGGGCUGUAACCAACCUUACUGUGCCAUUAUCACCCACUGGACCAAACACAAAACAGCUCCUAGAAUGCAGAAUCACAACAAGAUGGAAUCUGCCGUCAACGGCACCUCUUCGUUGUAGCAUGAGAGUAAGAAAACCAGUUAGGUCGAGACACGCCAAGCUGUCCACAACAAUUUUCUCCGGGAGACGAAGACUAAAUAAAAUUCUGAAUCAUGUAUGUUUAAAGUUUAUGAGAGAAUUGUUCUCGACAGAUUAUUGUGGGAAAUUCCUACAUCCACAACUGUUAAUAAUGUCAAAAUUUCACAAAUGAUGUGUAUCUAGAUAGAGAAAAAUCCUAAAUAAAUAUACACGUCAAUAA